AUGGCCGCCCCGCUGCCCGGUGUGCCGCGCGGCGCAGGGCGGGCGGCGGAGCCCGCGGGCGGCGGCCCCCGCGGCGCGGCGGCCUCCCCCUGCCCGCUUCCCGAGCCCCCCGGGGGGGACCCGCCGUCCUCGCCCCCCGACAGGAGAAAAAAGAAAGAUGACAAUAUGUUGGAGAUCCCAUCAAUUCCAAAUCCUUUUCCCGAGCUGUGUUGCUCUCCGUUUGCAUCAGUUUUGUCAGCCAGUCUGUUGCCCAAGGCAACUUCAAGAAAAAAGCAGGUAAUUAAAGUGUAUAGUGAAGAUGAUACUAGCAGAGCUUUGGAAGUACCAAGUGAUAUAACAGCCAGGGAUGUAUGUCAGCUGUUGAUAUUGAAGAACCACUAUAUUGAUGACCACAGCUGGACUCUGUUUGAACAACUUAACCACACAGGUUUAGGAAGAGCUAUAGAGGACCAUGAAUUAGUGAUGGAAGUCCAGUCAAAUUGGGUAAUGGAAGAGGAAAACAAACUGUAUUUUAGAAAAAAUUAUGCCAAGUAUGAAUUUUUUAAAAAUCCACUGAGCUUUUUUCCAGAUCAUAUGAUAUCUUUUCCAAGUGAGACCAAUGCAGCUGUAAGCCACUCUGGGAUAUUACAGAUGUUCCUAAGCUCCAGUACAUAUCCUGAGAUUCACGGUUAUUUGCAUGCAAAGGAGCAGGGAAAAAAAUCAUGGAAAAAAUUGUACUUUCUUUUGAGAAGAUCUGGCUUUUAUUUUUCCACUAAAGGUACAUCUAAGGAGCCAAGGCAUCUGCAGUUUUUCUGUGAAUUCAACAAUAGUGAUAUGUACAUGUCCUUGACAGGCAAAAAGAUUUCUGGAGCACCAACAAACUAUGGAUUCUGCUUUAAGCCUAACAAAUCAGGAGGAACCAGAGACCUGAAACAGCUCUGUGCAGAUGAUGAACAAAGUAGGACCUGUUGGAUGACAGCAAUUAGGUUGCUUAAGUACGGGAUGCAGCUGUAUCAGAAUUACAUGCAACCAUAUCACGGUAGAAGUGGCUGCAGCCCUUUGAAUAUAACAACUAUGAGAAGCAUUUCAGAAAAUUCUUUAGUAGCAAUGGAUUUCUCAGGACACAGAAGCAGAAUUAUAGAAAACCCAACAGAAGCCCUUACAGUUGCAGUUGAAGAAGGAUUAGCAUGGCGGAGGAGAGGGUGUCUACGACUCAACUCACAUGGUAGUCCUAUUGCCAUGUCUAACAUGGCUAUACACAGAUCUCAGUCAUGGUUUCAUCAUAAAAUCUCUAGAGAAGAGGCUCAGAGACUUAUUUUGCAGCAUGGACUUGUAGAUGGGGUAUUCCUGGUACGUGAUAGCCAAAGUAACCCCAAAACAUUUGUAUUGUCAUUGAGUCAUGGAUUAAAAAUAAAGCAUUUUCAAAUUGUACCAUUGGAAGAUGAUGGGAAGCUAUUCUAUACCCUUGAUGAUGGUCAUACCAGAUUUACUGAUCUCAUCCAGCUAGUGGAAUUCUACCAACUUAAUAAAGGAGUACUGCCUUGCAAGUUAAAACACUAUUGUGCACGAAUUGCUCUUUAA